UUUUGUAUUGGGUUAUCUAAAGUACUAUCAUCUUCUGGGAACUGUUUUCUAAGUAAAAAAUUAAUAGUUACUUUUGUGUCCGUGGUCAGGCUAUUAUUGUUCCCAAUUAUAAUGGAAAGGUCUCGCUUUCUAAAUUUUCUCCUAAAAAUGUUGUAAAUAUUACCCCAAGCAUCUCUUUCUCUAUUAUUUGAGCAGUAUUUUUUUCAGCUCUUAAGUCUAGAUUUAACUAUUUCAUUCUUAUGGAGGUUACGAGCACGUUUGUAUUCUUCUUUUCUUAUUUCAUUUCUUCCGGGAAUUGAUUUUCUUCUAAGUCUAGUAAGGUUAUCAUUCCACCUUCCACCACGAAACACUCUUUGUGAGAGAUUUUGUUCUCAGGAAUGCAUCAAUUAUAAUGAUAUUUAACAUCUUGGCACAUAAUUUAAUAUUUACAUUUCCACUAGAAUUUAUUAAUUGAUUUAAAUUGCGUAAUCCAAAUUUAAAUGUCGAAUCAAAUUUUUCCCAGUCGGCUUUCUUGGUACAAAAUUUAAAGAGUUCAGGUAGUUCCUUUUCAACUUUGUUUCCAAUAGUCCAUGUAAUUAAUUUAUGAUCGGACAAUGAUUCUUCUUCGUUAAUUUUCCCAUUGUUACACAUUUCAAAAAUAGGUUCCGAUAAUGAUUUUUACCAUCGGUACCUACCGAAAAUCCAAAAAACAAGAACACUUGAAAAGAAAGUUGGUAACCAUCCCAAUAACAAUCAGCUAGAUGAUUUCUAUCAGCCCGCACGUGAGUAAACUAGAGAAAAAGGUCAAUUCGCCAUUAGUCCCCACCCUGGAACUUUUAAAACGAGAGCAUUUCUAGUUACAAGUCCAACAACACUCAUUCCCAUUCCACAAUGCGACACUUCCAAAAUAAACCACGGAAAAAAAGGAAAAACUGCUGUUUUCACUUCCACUCCUGAUAAGAAAGAACUCGAGAUUAUCCCUAAAGAUAAAGCAACCAUAGAAAGAGAAAUAGUUUCUGCAACCGUUGCAAAACAACCUGAGAAUGUGGCUCCGAAAAUAAAGAAAAACAAUGAAGUCAAGGCAGCCACUUAGUUGUGAGCAAUGAAACUAUAAGGGUUACUUGUGGGGUUUGACCAUAACAAAACGCACAACUUCCAUUUCUGACGACAACUUCACUCCGAAGAUUACCACAACACCUAAUUAUUUGUAAUGACUACAACGCCCAACUUGAUCACAAUCCCGAAACUGAAUUUUGAUCAUGCCUAACUUGACCAUAACCCUCAACGAUCACUUUACGACGCCUUAGCCAAUCUUGACCAUAACGUGGAAGUUUUAGAAAAUUUAUAAGCCUAACGCAAUUGCAAAAAGUUGAAAACUUAAAUUUAAUAAAAAAAAUAAGGCUUAUAUAUUGUUAAUUAGUUUAUUGUUAUAUUUAAACAAAAGGUUAUAAUAAUAAUGAAAUAGGUCAUCGAUAAGCAUAUCAUCGGUCACCGUGGAUAAAAACAGAUUUGUUUAGUGUAUCGGUUGACUGUCGCGAGAAAUGGAUCCCGUAUUUAUGAACAUUGAUGAGGUUAAUAGAUUACCAAGCGAGCAGUUUAUUAAAAUAUUCGGAAAUAUUGUUGAACACUAUCCGGCUGCCGCCAUAGGAAUAUUGAAAAACCGGCCUUUUAGGGACGUCGGUUCCAUUUCGCAUGCGGCUAACAACUAUUUAGAUUCGCUCAACGAAAAUGAGGUGAUCAGAAUUUUGCAACAGCAUCCCGAUUUGGCUGGAAAAUUGGCCGAUUUGGAAAAAAUGAGUCCCGAAUCGACUUACGAACAAACGUCGGCGGGUUUAUUAGCAAUCACCUCCGAUACCAAACAGAAACUUUCUUGUAUGAAUGAACAGUAUAGUGUCAAAUUUGGAUUCCCCUAUAUAAUUUGCGUACGAGAAAAGAACAGCCCAGGUGAAAUACUGGACGAUAUUGAAUCUCGCUUAAAAAAUGGCAGAGAGGAUGAGCUGUCGUCGGCGUUGGAAGAGGUGAAAAAGAUAUGUAGGUUGCGUAUACUAACACUUAUUAAGCAAUAAUAACUUUUGGUAAUUUUUUAAACAUGGUGUAAAUACGUACUUAAAGUAAGCAAUUUGGCCUGAAAAAUAAAUGAUUUUUGAGGA